AUGUGCCUCUACUACGCUCAUGCCUUUUCCUGCAAACACAUGACUUUCUCCUUCGCCCGCUUCUGCGGUCCGGCAAGCAUGAUCCAGACGCCCUGCGGCGAGCGGCGCAUCUGGCAGACCAUUCCGCUCGACGAGUUGUGCGACGACUGCAAGGGCGGUCAAGGUGCAUUUCCCGACGAUCAUUUUCAGCAGCAGCAGCAGCAGCAGCGGUAUAGUGGGAGGCAGUCACGUUCGAGAAGGUAG